UAGUUGCAACAAGAGUGCCUCCAGCUAUUACAUGUUGCUGACCCCAGAGGAUGUGGGUCUCUGUGAUCUCAUUUGGAUCUUGUUUUCCAAUGAGAUUGAGAAAAGAAAGUUUGUGGACUGCCCCAAGGGGACUGAGGAGCCAUUCAAGCGUCGAUGGCUCAUUUUCGUCUCCAUCUUGUUUCAGAAAUUCCUGCGCUCUGUGUCAAAACCCAUGGCUUGGUUUGGGUCUGUGGCUGAGCACUGGCUUAACCUUCUGUCCAGUAAUUGGAAUUUUGGUGUGCUGGUGCUAAAUUUCUUUCCAG